AUGGCAUCAUCUGUGCUUGACGUCUCAUCCCCGCGGGGAGCUGCCGUGCCAAUCUCGUUUACACGAGGUACAUGCAGUCGACCUAGCUUCUUGACUGUCACAGAGGCAUUCUUCCACUAUGCCACCACACAGCCUUCGGCAACUGCGGCACGAGAUCUCUCUGCCGAGCCAGCUGUCGAGAUAAGCUAUGGUGAGCUUGCUGAACGAAGCAUCCGGUUGGCGCAACGGUUACGAAGUCUGGGCGUCAUGCCGGGACAUCGUGUGCCGCUUGUUGUCAAGCGUGGUGUUGGUAUGUUGGUUGGUAUACUUUCUAUCUUGUCUUGUGGAGCUCAGUAUGUUCCUCUCGAUGGAGGCGUAGUGGCAGAUGAGACCUUGCGGUUUGUGUUACAGCAGACCGGUGGGAGGAUAGCUUUGUCUUCAAAGGCUACGGCACAUCGUAUCACGAGCACGGAUGUAACAGAUGUUGUCAUCAUCGAGGAUGAGGACAUCAGUAAUCAAAGCAUCGAAGACUUUACUCCAGUGAGUAAGCCUGAGGAUGGCUGCUAUGUGAUAUAUACAUCAGGUACAACAGGUACACCAAAAGGAGUCGACGUCACUCACAACAAUGUGACAAACUUGUUAUGCCAAGCACCAGGAAACUUGGGUAUUGGCCCUGGAACAUGUGUUGGCCAAGUGCUGAACGUCAGCUUUGAUAUGGGUAAGCAAGCCAAAUAUUCAAAGGCAAACAGCCAUACUGACAUUCAGUUUGAAGCUGCUUGGGAGACUCUUGGUUGUCUAUCAAAUGGUGGAACCUUGGUAAUGCGGGGCUCUGACUGGUCAAAGGCCCUAAAACAAAUCGAUGUCCUCAUCUGCACACCCAGCAUCCUCUCAAAGUACAACCCACAGGAUUUCCCAAGAUUGAAGACCGUUGCCACAGCAGGAGAGCCUAGUUCCCAACAACUCGCUGACCUAUGGGCAUCUCAUGUCUCAUACUUCAACUGCUAUGGCCCAACAGAAACUACCAUUGUUAACACCAUGCACCAGCACCAAACAGGCCAGCCUCUCUCCAUCGGUAGACCAACACCAGGAAACAAUGUUUAUAUCCUAGACGAGUUUCUUGUUCCAGUGCCUGUUGGAGAAGUUGGUAAUGUUUGGGCGGGUGGUGCAGGCGUCGCUCGUGGCUAUGUCGACUUGCCAGACAAGACAACUGAGAGGUUCAGACCUGACCCUUUCACUCAAGACGGUUCAAAUAUGUACAACACUGGUGAUCUCUGCCAAUGGAACCCUGACGGUACCCUCCAUAUACUCGGCCGCAUAGACGACCAAGUCAAAGUCAAAGGCUUCCGCGUCGAACUCGACGGCGUAACAGCCUGCAUAAAAUCCUGCCCCUCCGUCCAAUCCGCCACUGCCCUCCUCAUCAACAAUGAGAUCCACGCCUUCAUCACCCCCAACCACUGCCCCAUCCCCGUUGUCGAAGCGCAUCUCAAGACCCUUCAGCCCUACUACGCCAUGCCAACGCACUACCACCAACUGGACAGUCUUCCUAUGACUCCAAACGGAAAGAUCGAUAAGCGAGCUCUGAGGAUGAAAGAGAUGGUGGAGGUUGAUAAACCUAAGCCUGCUGUUCUGCAUGCGCGUAUGGAUUCCAAUACCUCGAGUGCUACGCAGCUUAGUUCUUUCUCUGAUGCGAGUGAUACGACGCUUAUUAAUGAGCAUCAGUAUGAUCUUGAGAAGGCUCUUCCUGAGAAGGAUAUGCCUAAGCAUGCGAGAGGAUUACGCCACAGACUUCUCAUUGUUUAUCGUCGGCUGUUUUCCCUUGUUGGACUCUUCAACAUCGGUGCUGCUAUUGCUCUCCUCCUGACUGGUAUCACUAGAGAGUGGAUGGGUAUCAUCACAGCCAUCAACCUAGCCACGGCUGUUCUUGUCCGUCAAGAAUUUGUCAUCAACGCCCUCUACACUAUUACAUGUAGUGUCCCCAAGUCCUGGCCUCUCGCUAUCAGGACCCGAUGCGCAAAGAUCUAUCAUCUCGGUGGAGUUCACUCCGGCGCAGCUGUCAGCGCGGGAGCAUGGCUUCUUGCAACAAACAUCGCCGACAUCGCUUGUUCCUUCGGAAGCUGUGCCAACUGGGGCAGUUUAUCCAUCGCUUCUCAAGUCAUCUCUUGGAUCUUGUCUGCCAUGUUCGUUGGCAUGAUCGGAAUGGCUUGGCCUUCAGUUCGCAAGCAAUAUCACGAUCUCUUCGAGAGAACUCACCGCUUUGCUGGAUGGACUAUGCUCGCUCUCUUCUGGGUGCAAACCGUGCUUUCAGCCCACGACAACACUCCUUCUGGUACUACACUUGGAGAAUCCUGCGUCAAGUCGCCUGCUUUCUGGUUACUGGCUGUAGCGACAGCCAGUGUUGCUUCUUCCUGGUGCUUCCUCAGAAAAGUCCCCGUUGAAGCUGAGAAACUCUCCGACCACGCUAUCAGACUUCACUUUGACUACACUGUACCCGUCAACGGUUCCUUCACCCGUCUCUCUCACAAACCUCUCAAGGAGUGGCAUUCCUUCGCCACUAUCCCGGCUCCCGAAGCCAUCAACGGUCGAUCAAAGGGCUACUCCCUUGUCGUCUCUAAUGCCGGCGACUGGACAAAGUCCACCAUCCAAGACGGCCCCUCUCACAUCUGGACACGCGGUGUCCCAACCUGCGGCGUCAUGCGCAUCGCAACGCUCUUCAACCGCGUCGUCCUCAUCGCAACAGGCUCCGGCAUCGGUCCUGUUCUCGGACAUAUCCAGAACCCAACAUGUCCCACACAACUCAUCUGGUCAACAAAGAACCCUGAAGAAACCUUUGGGGAGGAGAUCUGCCAGACUAUCAGCGAGCGCAUUCCCAACGCGGUCAUCCACGAUACUAAGAAGCUCGGGAGACCUGACUUGGUGAAGAUGGGCUACAAUCUGGUAAAGGCCUUCAAAGCUGAGGCAGUCAUCAUCAUUGCGAAUGAGAAGAUUACGAAAAAGGUGGUUUAUGGUUUGGAAACGCGUGGUGUUCCAGCUUAUGGUGCUAUCUGGGAUAGUUAA